AUGACUUCACCCAGCAACACCAGCAAGAGCAUCCUCAUGGACAACCAGAUCAACCAGGAUAGCCACAACGAGUCAAGUAAUGCAACACUCAGCACCACGACGGAAAUUCAGGACAGAGAAGACGACGACGUGCCCAAGGAGUCAUCAUUCAGCAUGUCUAUCCAACAAGUCAAAGCCAUCAUACAGCAACAACUCAUAGAGGGCGUCAUACGCCUCCCAGAAGGGUGCUUUGAACGCCACAUGCAACUCCAACGCGACUCCCCUUUCUGGAUGAAGGUUUUCAAUCAACCCCAAGAUUCUGGCCACACUUGGCGUCCAGCUAUCAAGAGUCGAGAGUGGGCAGAGUAUGUUGUGGACGCCAGUCGCAUAUAUUUCGAGGCGGAUCUUUCAGUGAAAAAGGCGGUCUCGAUUAUCAAUUAUGCCAUUCGGUAUGUGGCGAUUUGCCUGUUGAAUAGGGGCACGGAGAAAAUUUACUUUGAGGACGGUCGAAAUGUUUUCUAUGAGUAUAAGAGUCGCGGGAUGCCUGCGGAGUUGAAGGCGAAGUACAAAGCGUUUUUGAAAGAGAUGAGGACUAGGAUUCUUGUGAAGGUCAAUGUUCUUGAGGAUAGUAAAGCACACUCAGAGUCGCGCUCAGAAGACGAAAUAGAGCAAGUUGUUGAUGUUCCAUCGAUAGUCAUUACUCCACCUAUGGAACCGCCCUCUGCUCUAGCAGAACCGAAAGCUUCGACGAUCAAGACCGAAGGGAAGCGUGACGACCAGAAACAAAACGCCAAGAAACCCCAGCCAAAGAAGAAAGGACGCAACCGCACACGCAAGAAUUCAAAGAAGAAGGGUAAGAAGAAACGCGCGCGCAAGGCAAUGUUACUUUCCCAGAGCAAGAACCUAACGGAAAGCGAAAGCAAGGUCAAAGGGGGAAAGUGGCGGAGAAAGAAUCAAAAGAGAAAAGAGAAGAAAAAGAUGAAGAAGGCAACUGAAGCUCUGAACAGGCAGUAG